UUAUUACUUCAUACUUCAAUGAUCAUACAAAUUAUUCAUAUCGACGCUUUUUAAAACUUUAUGAUGAAACCAUUAUUGCUUCGUCACCCCCGUCAAGCGACUGGAAAAUCCUUGAUAAUUCCUGGGCUAGUGCUUUUUUGAAAAAAGCAAAAA